UCCUGUUGUGGGAUUGGUUCAGAGGAGGACAGACAUAAACAGAAGGAGAUGCACAGACCAGCAUAGUCUUUGUUUCUUCGUUAUCUUUAACAACAAUAAGGAAGUAUUCUGUCGGAGCGGUUAAGCAAUACAUAUUUCUCUUGAAAUUGAUUUAGCUGCAAAACAAAGGCAAAAUGAACGGAGCAGCAUUCCCCUCCCCCACGGCAGAGAUGGCGGAGAUGAACCGUAUCCAUUAUGAACUAGAGUACACAGAGGGGAUCAGCCAACAGAUGCGGAUCCCCGAGAUGCUCAAAGUGGCCCCCUACUCUUCUGAGAACCAGGGCACCGGCCUGCAUGAGUACUCUCAUAGCAGUGCCAUGAUGCAAGUUCCAGAGAGAAUUGUGAUCACAGGAGACGAGGAUGAUCACCAGUACUCCAGACCCAGAGACCUGGACCUCAUUCAGUCUACCCCACUGGAGGCUUUAUCACUGAAGACCCCACCCAGAGUCCUCACUCUCAACGAUAGGCCUCUGGACUUCAUGGAGAUGGACCGGAGUUCAGCUCAAGCACCACCCAGUGAAGAACAGUUGAGGCCCCAGGCGCGACUACGAAGGGAGCGCUCGGCGAGUGAGAACACCCCAAUCCGCCAAAGCGGCCAGCUGACCAGAAACGAUUCCUCUGCAACCUCGUCCCUCCUUGUCCCUGUUCGCACCUGCCCCCCCUUCACUGCUGCUGAGGACCAACAGAACCUGUACAGCACUAGCGGUGUUCUGUCUUUCAUCCAGACCACCACGCGCCGGGCCUACCAGCAGGUCCUGGAGGUCCUGGACGAGAACCAGAGCAGCAAACCAUCACUGCGAGGGGGGUCGGCCUCCAACCCCCUGCAUGAGUCCAGGCUGGUAUUAGCUACACUUGAUAGCACUCUUGAUGCGGGUUGUGACGACAUGGCUGUCGUUGAUGCAGCAACACUUCGACGUCAGAUCAUUAAACUAAACCGGAGGCUGCAGCUUCUGGAGGAGGAGAACAAGGAACGAACAAAACGAGAGAUGAUCCUCUACUCAAUCACUGUGGCGUUUUGGCUCAUCAACAGCUGGGUGUGGUUCCGUCGCUAACUGCCCUUCCCUGGUACCGCGUGUGUGUGCGUGUGUGUGUGUGUGUGUGUGUGUGUGGACGGACCCUCCCUUAUUCUAAGUGUCAGAAAUGUGCGUCAUGUUUGCUGCACUUGUUUCGCUUACAGGCGUGUGCACAAUAUAAUGUACUCUAUUUCUUUAUAGUAUACAUGUCCACUUUAUUUUUUACUUGUGGUUCUUAAUCAUAUCAUCCUUUAUGUGGUCUAGACUCUAUAAAAAAAAAAACAUUGCGGCCAUUCCUCUAGCCAAUGAUGCUGACUGCUUGUUGUCCAUGCCUGUUGCCACUUUAAGAUGUCCUGAAGGCAACAGAAGUGUUUUGAAGAAAUGGGUUAACGUUGACAAAUUGUGGAAUUACAGAGUUUAAUAGGAAUGUAAGAAUAUAUUUAUUGCAUUAGAUUGCCCUGUGGUAAGAGAGGCUGUAAAACAAGACUGUAUAGUUCAAAUAUUGUUUAUACACUUAAUUGAAUGCACGUCUUAUAUGCUGUUGUAAAAUAUAAAGAACACGUGUAAGGACUACCUAUGAAGCUUGGCAUGACUAUUCUGAAAACUGUUUUUUUCAGCUAUUAUUGGAACAACACGGCUUCAAUCUCCCGUUCAUUAGAGACCUGCAUAAUAAUGCUGAUCAUUGUAUAUUUAUUUAAAUAAAAGGCUGGUACUCAUAAGAACAGGCUGGUAACAUAAAACAGUAAACUGUCUUUAUUCCAAAGAUAUCCUUCAAAAACAGAAAUUUAUGUUUGUAAUCUCACACAGUAUUCAGUUUGCAAUCUCCAAUGUCAGUUCGGUAGAUACUAAAGGUAAGCUAUGAAAAUAUGGGUAAAAAUGUAAUUUCAAUACGCUCUGCAGUCAUGUAUAAAUAUAGCGAGCCUAAACAUCACUAUAAAUUAAGAAGUUUUUUUUACUGUGUAGAACAAUUGGGCACUAACCACACAUUGUACAUUGUGUAAAUGAAAAUAAAACUUGAUCUGAAAGUCUCAAUCAAGUUCCUCAAUCAGACGGGUGGGUGGACUGGUGGAAUUUUGGUUUGGAGUGGACCCUUCGAGAGAUUUGAAUAUCACUGGCAUAGAAUCAUCCUCAGCUCCUGGACCCACCAUGGCAACACCCUUCUCGUAGUCAUCAAUCAAUGUGUUGUGAUCACUCUUUUUGAACAACAAGGCUGGGCUUGGUGAUGCCUCAAAAGCCGCAGCCGCCUCACAUUGAUAUUGUGUCAAA